GAGAGAGAGCACGCUUGCAAGCGUGCGAGCCAGCCAGCAAGGGAGCCAGCUAGAGGGAGGGAGAGAAGGAAGGGAGAGAAGAGGGAGGGGUGGGGGCGAGAGGUAAAUACUCUUAAAUCGGAAGGGAGCUGCCUCCACUGUGGUCCUGACAGGCGCUGCCUGGGCUCCGUGGCGCUGUAAUAACUGGGUGACCUUUUCUUGGGCUGUAUUAUGUCUGGCUGGGAAGGGAUUGCAUUUUGCGGCUGAGAGCCAGGGCUUCCUUCAGCUAGGGCUCCUCGCAGGCUGCUGGGGAGAAGCACUACCAAGCAGCCGCUGUGCUCACUGAACACCCUCCCUUAUAUCGCUUAAUUGAGAAGGCAUACAAAUGCUCUCAGUUCAGCCAGACACCAAGCCGAAAGGUUGUGCUGGCUGCAACCGCAAAAUCAAGGACCGGUAUCUCCUAAAGGCGCUGGACAAAUACUGGCAUGAGGACUGCCUGAAGUGUGCCUGCUGUGACUGUCGCUUGGGAGAGGUGGGCUCCACUCUGUACACGAAAGCCAACCUCAUCCUCUGCCGCAGAGACUACCUGAGGCUGUUCGGUGUAACGGGGAACUGUGCCGCCUGUAGCAAGCUCAUCCCCGCCUUUGAGAUGGUGAUGCGUGCCAAGGAUAAUGUGUACCACCUGGACUGCUUUGCCUGUCAGCUUUGCAACCAGAGAUUUUGUGUUGGAGACAAGUUUUUCUUGAAGAAUAAUAUGAUCCUCUGCCAGACAGACUAUGAGGAAGGCCUAAUGAAAGAAGGUUAUGCACCCCAAGUCCGCUGAGCCAUCAAUAUCAUCCCCAACAACACAAAGCACUACAUUCUUUUAUCUUUUUUGCUCACAUGUAUAUAAGAAUUGACACAGGAACCCACUAAAUAGGCAGCAGGAUGGCCACCUGGAAUAAAAGGCGGACUGCAUCUGUAUGUAGUGAAAUUGCCCCAGUUCAAGAGUUGAAUGUUCAUUAUUAAAAAAAAGAAAAGUAAUGUAUAUAUUGCUGGAUUUUUUUGCUUGCUACUCGUUUUUUUUGUGUCACUUGGCAUGAGAUGUUUAUUUUGGACUAUUGUAUAUAAUGUAUUGGAAUAUCUGAAGCACAAAUGUAAUACAGUUUUAUUGUGUUACCAUUUGUGUUUUGUUUGCUCCUUUGUAUUGUUGCAUUUAGUACAAUCAGUGUUUAAACUUACUGUAUAUUUAUGCUUUCUGUGUCUACCAGCUAUUUUCAAUGAGCUGUACCUUUCUAGUAAGAACUGAAGAGCAAACCUCACAGAUGACACACAGAUAAAGCAAGACUAUCAACAUAAGAAUACCACAAUAAAUAAACACACACAC